AUGGAUGGUGAGGAGAGCUUUGUGGCUCUAAUGCAUUGCUAUGGAAAAAUUCAAAAAAGCAAAAGGCACGGUGUAAAAUUUAUGGAUAGGGAAUUACUUAGUAUUUUUAUCCGGUCGUCGAGCACGUUGGCAGAGAUAAAACACAACAUAUUACAGAAGCUCGGUGUAUGUAGGACAAAGUGGGUAAAAAAAUUGUUCUACAAAAUUUCCAUUGCCAAUGUGAAGUAUGAGACCUUUGUGAUAGGGUCCGAUGAAGACAUGCAGGUCUUGUUUCACUGUCAGUGGAUUUUUCCGGAUGUUAGAAUACCCGAGCUACUUGCGAAGUUGGAAGAUGGUGUCGAAAGCUCCGGGUCAUCGGCGCCGAAUCCUCAGUCGACGAGGAUGGGUGGUGCCUUGACAUCGAUGACUGUGGUAGCACCUUCAGGUCCGAUCCCUGAUCCUCCACGUGUUGGGGCUGGUACUGAUGGUAUGCCUCAUGGUGUUCCUGAUUUUGAAGUUGAGGCCGGACCGAAUCGAGUUGAGAAUGCGAUGCGGGAUGAUGAUUCGGACGAUGAGCCAGUUGAUAUUGGUGGGGACAGUGAUGAUGAUAUUCCGAGCAAUUCACAUACACCCCACGGAGCUUCGGGUUCCGGCACAGAACAAUAUCUUCCACACUUGUCAACCUUGAACUUGGAAGCUGUCGGCCAACAGCGGAACGUAGAGGCAACCUUCACGAGGCAAGGUCUGCAUGAUGCGACUGCUUUGACGGAAUUUCAGAUUGGUCAAUCUUUCCAGAAUAAGGAGGAAGUUGUGCUGAGUGUAAAAGAUUACAACAUCUGGCGUGGAGUUGCGUACAGCCUGAUGGAGUCAGAACAUCUCAAAUACCACGAAAUAUGCAAAGAGUUUGGAAAAUGGUGCAUGUAG